AUGUUCGCAUUUUAUCAUGAGAUUCAAUCUUCAAAUAGAAAUAUUUUUUUUUUCUUUCAGUGCAAAUCGAACGGAGCCUGCGGCUGUUGCGGCUGUCGAGCCAAGGCAAAAGCUCGAGCGGCUUCGACAAAUCAUGUGGUGGGUCAACGAUUCAUCAAAACUCAUCAAGAAGUUGCGAAAUUACCAGAAAAUCUUUGUAAAAGCCGUAAAGUUGGUUUUUUUAAAGCUUAUAAAGCUCAAAAUUUAUGAGAGUUUCAAUUGAAAAAUUUAUUGGAGCCACUUUUCAAGCUUAAUUGAUCCAAAUAUGAGGAAGAUAUAUUUUAGAACGGUGACGACUUUGUUGAAACGGACGACGGCAACAUUUUCGGCCUCGCGAUUUGGAACAAGACCGACAUCAAGGUCAACGACGACAAUGUUCAGCGACUGACGGUUUCGGAAAAAUGAUUUUGAUUUUUAAAAGAUGCGAAUUUAGAACCCGAACCAUUUGUUCCACUUGUGCUGCGAGGAAAGACGUCUUCCGCCGGGAUGUAUUCAGAAAUGCCAUUUCAAUAUUUACAACAAGGAAGUGGUAAAUAUCUUAAAUAUUAUAUGAAGGAUGUAUCCCGACAUUCCUAAUGGGGUUAGGGAAGGUCAGCGAGGCGUCUAAUUUCCUGAAUUUUUUACAAAAAAAACAAGUGCGCGCUCCGGAUAAAAUGACGUCAUAAUUACACUGAGUAUUCAACGUUAAUAACUUGUUUGUUCGAUAACCUUUGGCUGCGUACUUGAGAUGGCUAGCUUGGGGCGCAAAAAGGCGUGUCCUGUCUGCACUCUCCACCCACCAGGGCACUGUCUCGUCUCUUUUCGUGGCAGGACCCUUUUCUCGAUGGUUCAAGCCAGCCGUGAAUCAGCUAUAUGAACUUUCGCGCCAAAAUUUUUUUUGACGUUUUCCCAUCCCGUUUGGGAACGCCGUGGUAUGUAUAAUUUCGCGACAUUAAGGAAAACAUAUUCAAACGAAUCAAGUUAUUAGAUUUUUUUUACAAUUUUUUUUAAGAAUAUGAUCAUCAUGCCGUGUUCAAAGCAUUCUCCACGAAAUUCCAAAAUUAUCUCUGAUUCUCCAAAAAUCAAUUAUCUUUUUCACUCUCUGAAGGCUAUUUCGAAUUUCACGGCAGUGUGGAUAAUAUUCUUGAACGAAUCAAGUUAUUUGAUUUUUUUUUUCAUUAGUUAUCUCAUUGAAAAAGUAAAGUGCGUUAAAUUAUCCUAAAUAAUUGUAUAAACAUUAAGGCGGUAAUUGAAGAAAUGACUAUAUUAGGAAAAAAAUAUAUAUGUUUUUACUUUAUCUCACUUUUUUUUGCAAGUUUGACUCAAUCACAAACGCAAUUUUCAAGUUUUUUUACUGACAUAUUGUGCGAAAAAUUUCAAUUUUUCAAGGGAAAAAAUGGAAGAAACUUAUUUUAAAAAAAUCAAAGGUCCAUUUUGAGUGCGAGAUAGUUUCGCGCAAAUAUAAUUUUUUUAUCCAUUUUAUAACUCUUCUAGAAAAAUCUAUGUGGAAUAUGCAACAUUGAAAAGGCCGUUUAAUUGGAUAAUUUUCUGAAUUUCUUCCUUUAAAUACCGUUAAAUAUAUAAGACAGAAAAUUCCUACAAAUGUUCCUUUUAAGGUGGAAAAAAGUUCCUUUAUUCUGUCUUUUUGGAACUAUUUUUUCAAAAAAUGUGUCAUUUUUACAUUUCUGAGCAAUUUAUUACUAGCAAAAACGAAAAAAAAGGCCGUUUUGCGACCUUUUACAGGCAUUUCUUCAUUAGAGCUGAUUCACGGCUUGCUUGAGCCAUCAAAAAAUGGGUCCUGACUCGAUAAUAAUAUAGAUAUGCUUGGCCGGUGGAGAGCGCAGACAGGCCAAGCCCCCUUAGCGUCCCAAGCUAGCCGUGAAUCGGCUAUAUCUACCGGCCUUUCAGACUUUGCCCGAGCUGAAUCAAUAAUUAAUUUUUCACCUCGGACUUCCAGCUCGAGGCCAUGUUCGUGGGAAGCGACGAGUGCCCGCUAGACUACCUGCCCGAGAUGCAGUUCUGCGCGGCCCAAGGCAAGGACCACCGCAAGUGCUGCGCAGGACGAGGCGUCGCCGAAACGGCCGCCGGCCAGAAAUGCCUGACCUUCUGCGAUCAGACGCCCGACGUCUACACUCCCAUUGACUACAGCUACGCUCCUUGCCUCGAUCGGUUCAUUUUAUAUUUCUACUCCAGCCUUUUUCCGCUCUGUCAUUUUUUUUCUGGCCAAAGAGACGUUAAAAAAUCGAGUAAUACUUAGGAACGCCAUAGUGGUCCCUAUAGGAAUUAGAAGGAAAAAAUUCCCUAUUGGGGCCACUAAUUAAAACCCCUCUAGUGACCCCUUUGAAAACUUUAGGGAGAGGUGAAUUGGUCUUUAAAAGAGCCUUCAAAAACCCCUUGGUUGGCCCCUAUAGGGACCACUUUAGCGCUCCUAAGUAUACCUUCAGACCACAGGUCUAAAGCGAGGUCUCGAAGCGAAACGCGCGAAAAAAGCUCUGCAUACUGUGGUUUUUCCUACUUUUUUUUCUAACCGUGACAUGUUUAUUAUAUAAUGUAAUCUACGCGGGAUUUUUACGAUGGUAAAAACACUGGAAAAAAGCUACCGUAAUACAAAGUUUUUUUUCGCGCUUUCGCUUCGAGACGCUGCAAGUCUGAAGUCGAAAAGCCCAAAAAGUAUGUCUCCUACUGUUUUCUUUUCAAGCAAAACAAGACAGUCUGAAAUUUCCUACUGAAUUUUUUUUCCAGAUUCGAAGACAUGAAACGAUGCUUCUACGACGACAUCCGGUCAUCUGCUCGCCAGCAUUUCCUCAAAUUACUCAAUAUUUAA